UUAAACUAAGACCCGAGCUCUGUAAACAUGUGACUGUGCAGGGGUUUUCGCCUGCUUGCACAACUGCAUACAGUUGUGAAUUAUACAAAAUCGUGCAGCAAAACUAACCAUACGAUAUCUCACUCAAACGAUCGCUUGUGCGCGCAGAUUUGUAUUGUAGUUCGGCUGGGUAAACCUUUUUGUGCGCCACACACAUAUUUGAUGAAAGUAAAAGUGCAAGUGGCUAUGGCUUGUCGACUUUAGUGAAUCGGGUGGCGUUUGAAAACCGCUAAAGAAUUAAAAAAAAAAAAACAAAGAAUUUGAAUGCUCGACUCAAUAGAUUCUUCUCUGAGUUGGAUCCCAAACGACUUCGCGAAUCUAAUGUGACGAAUUAACGAGGAUUUUCAGCCAAGGCCCCCAUCGCUGACAUUCUGGUCUUAAGAAAGGUGGUUAGAGGUGCGACGAUAGAACGAUGUGAAUUUUCGGAUAAGGAAAACUGUUAUCGACGUAUCUAUGUGCGCUUAAACCGAUGGACAGAUCGCCGUUGGACGUUAUUGGAUUCUAUAAGAAGCUUACAGCCCUUACCGAGAAGCUUUGAAAAAACACGCUACACAAUAAUUUCUGUGAAAUUUAUGAAUAUCUGGUGACUAAUCUCGAACCUUCUUAUGUCCUGGGUCCACAACUGCAAUAUUAAAAGAAAAAUAGUGACGGACUGUAUGCUGUGAAAAUAAAGUUACAGACCUAAUUGUCAUACGACCUCCCACAGUAAAGGAAAAAAUUGCAAAAACCUGUGGCUACUGACAAACAAAAAUGAUUGUGGAUUUUAUUGCUGGUCUCUUUGGAGGUGCUGCAGGAGUACUUGUCGGCCACCCUUUCGAUACAGUAAAAGUUCAUUUGCAAACUGAUGACCCUAAGAAUCCAAAAUAUAAAGGAACAAUUCACUGUUUAAAAACAAUAUUAUUGUUAGAUAAUAUUCGUGGCUUAUAUCGGGGAAUCAGUAGUCCAAUGAUGGGAAUCGGUUUAGUAAACGCAAUAGUGUUCGGAGUUUAUGGAAACGUACAGAGAUUAUCUGAUAACCCAAAUUCUUUAAUGUCGCACUUUUGGGCUGGAGCCACUGCUGGUGUUGCACAGGGCUUCAUAUGUUCGCCCAUGGAGUUAGCGAAAACACGACUGCAAUUGUCGAAACAGAUCGACAGCCAGCAUAAAUUUAAAGGACCUAUUGAUUGUUUGCUUUACAUACAUCGAACAGAAGGUUUCAAAGGCACAUUUAAAGGACUUACAGCAACAAUACUUAGGGAUAUUCCAGGUUUUGCCAGCUACUUCGUUUCAUACGAAUAUUUAAUGCAGCUAAAAGAUAAACCCAAUGUACCUUAUAUUCUUAUGGCAGGAGGCUGCGCAGGAAUGUCCUCAUGGUUAGCCUGCUAUCCCAUCGAUGUCGUCAAAACACAUUUGCAAGCAGAUGCCCUUGGAAAACAUGCUCUAUAUAAUGGGUUCGUCGACUGUGCAGUAAAAAAUUAUGAAAAGGAGGGCAUACCGUUUUUUUUUCGCGGACUAAAUUCGACAUUAUUACGAGCGUUUCCAAUGAAUGCAGCAUGCUUUUUUGUGGUUGCAUGGAUAUUAGAAUUUUGUAAAAAAAAUGGAAUCGAUAUGAUUAGACAUUCGAAACAAUCUCUAAAUAUUGUUAAUUUGGAAAACUGGAGUCAAGCCUCUGUUCAAAAUGAACUAGGAACGGAUGAUGAACUAGUCCGAAAAAUAAUUUCGGAAAAUGAAUUAGAGCUUCGUGAAUCCACACAUGAAAUUGUCAAUAGAAAACUUUUAGAUUAUUAUCCAAGCGACCAAGUAUACGAAAGUAACAUCCAAAGCGCGCAAUUAAAAGUAAAAAAUAGUUCAGAUCAAUCAUAAUUUUAAUAUAUUAUUAAUAAAUAAAAAUCUGAAAAUAAAAGAAAUUUUAAGUUUCACAUUUAAUCACCUUUGAACCACUAA